AUGUCCCCUGCGUUCUGCUCCCCUCAAGCAACCACAGAGAGUUUUCGAGACGAUGACCCUCAACCAGCUCAGACAAGCACGCCGCAGUCUCGGAGAUCUUCCGUCUUCUCCUCUACAAUCUCCCCAGGCUCAUAUCAGAGCUCAGUGUCGGUCGGUAUUGUCGAACCUCCCCCGUUCCGCCGAUCACUGGCCCCGACACCCAAACCAAAGACGGCAACGGAGAAUCUGCAAGGCAGCUACUCGGAAUACCGUCUCGUCACACCACAGCCUCAGUUCCGUCGCUCGGCUGCCCCAAGCCUGAGCGACUAUGCUGGGACUCUGAGAGCUCAAUCGCAUGAUGUCCAGACUUCAGUCCAUCACGGCGAAGGCGUCACUAGCGAGGAGUCCUCGCGCGGAACGACGGCAGGUAUGGCCGAUCUCGUGAAUGAGAUUGACGACCAGAUUCCUGACGACCAUAAAGCUGCGGAGAGUAGCAAGUGUUUUCCGACCGGUGUCCGAAGCCCCACGUGGAGUCUGCUGACCGCAUCCCCCGUCACUCGCCUCCCUACCGUCGACGAAGUCAACGACGACAACGGCAACGACAUUAUCCGUGAUCCCGUUCCGUCUUCUCCCGUAAACUCCACCGCAACGCCCAACUUCCAGAAAGUGUUGACUUUCGGAGCGGAGCCCCAGAAGGAUAACCAAGACGACAAUACUACAAGCACUCCGUUGCCAAGGCGAACCCGGAACGCUAGGAAGACCCGGGGUUCCGACUCUAGACCAGAGGUCAGGGGCGGCCGGACCGGCAGUCGCCGGGGACGCCGAGCUAAACCUCCUGCUCGGUGGUCCCCCAUACUGCCUUGGACUUCCGCUGAAAAAGCGGCCUUCCAUGGUGAGUUACAACAGAGAAUUGCGGCAAUCACUUCCGGUACAGGCAUUGACAGUGGUCUCCUGGAUGUGCCAUGCGACUACUUCGACAUGUAG